UGUUUCUCGUUUGCCUGGACAGAGCUGGGGUGGAUGGAGUCUGUACCCUAUCUUGAUAGGCCUCUGUCCCCGCUGGAAUUUUAUCGAGAAUGGGUGAGUCCGAAUAAACCUUGUAUAAUUCAGAAUGCCAUCAGCCACUGGCCGGCUCUGAAGAAAUGGACCUUGGCGUACCUCAGGGAGGUAGUAGGUCGCAAGGUAGUGAGUGUGGCAGUAACACCAAAUGGUUAUGCAGAUGCGGUGUUUCAGGACCGUUUUGUCAUGCCAGAGGAGCGCCAAAUGCCUUUCAUGGACUUUUUGGACAUUUUGGAGAAGAAAGUGACUUCUCCCAACGUAUUCUAUGUGCAGAAGCAGUGUUCAAACCUCACCGAGGAGUUUUCUGAACUUGUCUGUGAUGUGCAGCCUGACAUACCAUGGAUGAGUGAGGCACUUGGGAAGAAGCCCGAUGCUGUAAAUUUCUGGCUUGGGGAAUCAGCUGCUGUGACAUCUUUACAUAAAGAUCAUUAUGAGAACUUGUACUGUGUGAUAUCUGGAGAGAAACAUUUUCUACUGCAUCCGCCAAGUGACCGUCCCUUCAUCCCGUAUGAGCUCUAUCAGCCAGCAACCUACCAGGUAUCAGAAGAUGGCUCAUUUGAAAUUGUGGACAAGAAGAGCACAGAUAAGGUGCCCUGGAUCCCCCUGGACCCAUUGAAUCCAAAUCUGGAACAGUAUCCAGAGUAUGCUCAAGCAAAACCUUUGCAGUGUACAGUGAAAGCUGGUGAGAUGUUAUACCUGCCUUCUCUCUGGUUCCAUCAUGUUCAGCAAUCACAUGGCUGCAUAGCAGUGAAUUACUGGUAUGACAUGGAAUAUGACCUGAAGUACAGCUAUUAUCAACUACUAGAUUGUCUCACAAAAGCCGUGAAAGCGUUAUAGCAGAGGUGGGGGACUCGAGCUUGCGAUCUUUCUCUCUGAUGUGAUAUAAUCAUCAGCAUCUAUGACUGGAGUACACACAUUAUUCAAGUGAAAAGAACUGUACAUUAAAUUAUCCUCAACAAUGUCUGUCAAACAGAUCAUGGCUAUUUUGCCUGAUUUCAGAGUCCAGAUCAACGGGCCAGGUUUUUUGGCUUGUAAGUAGAAGGUUUGAUAAUAACAUUUUUAAGUCUUUGCAUGUUGCUUCAGUGAUGGUGAGCAUAAUAAAAUUUGAAGUGA